AUGGAUUCCUUGCAGCCACGCCCUCGAGGCAUUAUCUUCGACCUCGGCGAUGUCCUCUUCACAUGGUCCGCUAACACGACGACGACUAUUCCAGCUCGAAAGUUGAGAGAAAUCCUCUCAACGCCCAUCUGGUGCAGUUAUGAGCGUGGCGAGAUCACUCGUGAUGCCUGUUACGAGCUAAGUGCUCAACAAUUCUCCCUCUCAGCGUCCGAGAUUGCCGAAGCGUUUUCCCAGGCACGCGAGUCUCUACAACCCGACCAUGCCAUCGUCUCCUUCCUUCACAAGUUGAAAAAAGAUCCUACUAUUCAAGUAUAUGCUAUGUCGAAUAUAGGCAAAGAAGAUUUCGAGGAACUUGCUACAAUAACGGACUGGCAUCUUUUCGAUCGAGUGUUCACCUCAGCCGCGGCAGGCAUGCGAAAGCCGGAGCUGGGAUUCUACCGUCACGUCCUGGAUCAUAUUAACUUGGUCGGAAACCAGGUCGUCUUCAUUGACGAUAAAGAAGAAAACGUCGAUGCGGCGCGAGCAGCGGGUAUCCGGGGACUUGUUUUCGGGAAAUCAACAAUUCACAUAUUACAUGAACUGCUAGAUAGUUCAGUGGGAAAAGGCUGGCGAUAUUUGUUCCAGAAUGCGAAGCAAUGUGACUCGAUCACAGACAGCGGGGUCGUCUUCACAGACAACUUCGCGAAAUUGCUGAUUGCGGAUACGUUGCAAGACCAGACUCUUGUCGAUCUCUGUUGGGGGUCUAAGAAGACCUGGAAUUUCUUCGCCGGCAAACCAGCACUCAUUCCAGGAGAUUAUUUCCCUGAUGAUCUUGAUACCACAGCACUCGCACUCCAAGUUCUUCGACCAUCGCCGACCGAAGUUGCCUCGCCUAUUCUCGAUAUGAUGGCCGAAUAUGUCAAGGAUGAUGGCGCUUUCCAGGUGUAUUUUGACCGUAGCAGAGAGCGAGUGGACCCUAUUGUCAGCGCGAACAUCCUUGCUUGCUUUUAUUCUUAUAACCGUGGACAAGAAUUCGAGCAUACCCUCGAACUCAUACACACAUUUCUCUUAGACCGUUCCUACGCAGAAGGUAGUCGGUACUACUCUUCCCCAGACUGUUGUUUGGGGUUUAUCGGACGCUUACUCCGGUCGUCAAACGACGAUCGCCUCCAAACAAUGCUGGGUCCGUUGUUGAAGUUGCGAGUGCGUGAACGCCUCGGUCUAAAUGGCAGCGCAUUGGAUUUAGCUAUGCGCAUCGCCACGUGUGCCCAAAUGGGAAUUGCAUGCGAGGAUGAUCGCCGGGCUUUACUUAGCCUCCAAUGUGACGAUGGGAGUUGGGAAGGUGGUUGGUUAUAUCAGUAUGGAGCUACAGGGGUGAAGAUCGGGAACCGCGCUGUGACUACAGCAAUGGCUAUUGCAGCACUUUCAUCUCAUGGUAUUGUUCCGCAGUGGAAUGACACAAAGUUCAGUGGUAUAAACGGUAACCAGGUAUAUAUGUAG